AUGGAACCACUCACCCCACCUUCACCCGCGCGUACGCAGCCUCGUCCUCUGCCUCUAUGGCCCUGUCUCCUGAUCAUCGCCCUCGCAACCAUCGCAAGCGGUCUUCACACUACUGUCGUCACUCUCCUCUUCCAGCGACUAGCCUCGCAGCACAUUGCUUUCCUCGCCCUACCCCAUUCCCCGCCCGAUGCAACGGUGCCUCCGCCUCCGCCCGCUACACCUCCCGUACUGCCUGGAUCGGGCACCGACAGGGAUGAUACGCCCGCUCAGGCCCUGGCUGCACAUUGGGGCACCGCACUCUGGGUCUCCGUAGCAUGUAUCAACACGGUCAGUAUCACCUUUUAUACGCUCAAAGGGUCCGUGUGGGGUAGAAAGGCGCUUGUGCUCCUCGGUCUUGCAUCAAGCAUGCUCUUUGAGCUGGUCUACUUUGUAGUCGCGAGAGACUCGGUUCUACGAGCCGAUGGCGGUAGUGGGCAGGACAGCCAGCUGCAUUCUCACCUAGGUUCGUCUCGACGGUCUAUCCUGGGCUUCUCACCCCACUUUCUCGUCCUCUUCAUCACCGAGAUACUCGCAGCAGCAUUGGGAAGCUAUCAAGUAGUCACUACCGCCAGUCUGCUGACGCUCUUCGACUUGAGCACAUCAAAGACGCGAGCUCGCAACAUAAACUACUUUAUGGCUGCUUUCCUCCUUGGCGGUACCCUGGGGCCACUCAUCGUCGGUGAAGUCCUGGGUAGAUUGGCUGAUGCACUGGGAGAAGAGAGUGGAUGGGAUACUCUACAAUUGGCUUUCCUCUCCAGCAUCGCCGUAGCCGCUUCGGCGCUCCUGUGUGCGAUCUUCUUCCUCACCGAGACGUUGCAAAAGGCAGAAGCAGAGGCACCGUCACAUAGAGCCGAUGGCGAAACAUCGUCCUCGAUGGAGCCAAAAGAGUCCUACUUCUCCCCUUCCUACUGGCUCACCCACUUGACCUCAACUUGGCACCGGUUCUCCGAAAUCCUCUGCUACCACCCUCCCUCCCUGGGCAGCAAGCACCGGUACCCCCUCGUGAAACUCCUCUUGGCUCUCAAUCUAGUAGCCCAAGCCUUCUCCGCCUAUUCCUACGUACAGCUCCUCAUCGACUGGAAGUUUCACUGGGGAGCAAAAGAGAACGGACUCUUCUUCAGUGUCUUGUGGGGUUCCAAGUUCCUCGCACUCGUCUUCCUCGUGCCCUGGGCAUUGGCGGCGACGAGGAGAGUGCUUGCUCGGAAGCGCGAAGCGAGAGACAAGAGCAGGAGUGGCGAAGAGGAACCACUUCUCAAUGCUAGCCGAGCCCGGCCAGGGCUAGGGAGAAGCGGAGGUCCUCGCGACUCCACCAUCUCAAUUGCAACGAAGAACGAUCCGGCGAAGAGUAUCCUCCCUUGGGAGAACCCUUCGCCGUGGGUCGGACUUGUGUCGUUCCUCAUCGACUUCAUGGGCUGGGGCAUGAUGGCGCUCGGCAUUGGUCUUAGCAAGCCCACACUCGUGCUUCUCGGCACGGCCACCAACUCACUCGCAGUGGGAGCCGUGCCCUCUGUGCACAAUUAUGCCGUGGAGAUUCUCUCGCACGAGGAAGACGAGGCUGAGAAUGAGGGCGAGAGCGAGAGCGAUGGAGAGGGCGACGGCAGCACGGAGGUCAGAGAAAGCCAGGCGACACCGCGCACCCCUUCUCUCGCAACACAGCGUCGUCUAGACGGGUGGGUCGCCGUUACCUCUCUGAGCGAAGGCGCCGUGGGCGUCCUUGCUCCACUGCUCCUGGGCACGAUUUACACCAGCUCCCUCGAGACGGCGCCUUGGGCCAUUUGUGCCUGGACCGCUUCCCAAUUCUUCCUGUGCGCGGUGCUGAUUGCUACUCUUUGA